AUGAGCCUUCCUCUACAGGCAACUGAACGACAUGGGCUUCUCCAGAGGGUCUUCAGGCUGAGGACAGAACGGAUCACUGUCUGGAAGUGCUGGUCUUCUGCACUGACUGUAGAAAAAGCCGAGCCGCCGCCCCUGCCGCGGGACGCGCGGGUCACCCACAGCUCGGGGCAGGACUACGAGGCGCUGCGGCAGGAGUGCCGGCGCCGGGGGUUGCUCUUCGAGGACCCCGACUUCCCCGCCGCCGACUCCUCGCUCUUCUUCAGCCAAAAGCCGCCCGUUCCCUUCGUCUGGAAGAGGCCCGGGGACAUUGUCAAAGAUCCCAAGUUUAUCCUUGGAGGAGCCACAAGAACUGACAUCUGUCAAGGGGAUCUCGGUGACUGCUGGCUGUUAGCAGCCAUCGCAUCUCUCACACUGAAUGAAAAAACUUUAGCGAGGGUGGUGCCACCAGAUCAAAAUUUUGGGCCAGACUAUGCUGGAAUAUUUCACUUCCAGUUUUGGCAGCACAACGAGUGGCUGGAUGUUGUGAUUGACGAUCGAUUACCCACCUUCAAAGGCCGCUUGGUUUUCCUGCACUCAGCUGAACACAAUGAAUUUUGGAGUGCCUUAUUAGAGAAAGCCUAUGCCAAGCUCAACGGCAGCUACGAGGCUCUGAAAGGAGGCAGUACUAUAGAAGCCAUGGAAGAUUUCACGGGGGGAGUAGGAGAAAUGUAUGAGGUUAAAAGAGCUCCUGACAAUUUCUAUGAAAUCCUAGAGAAAGCUCUGAAAAGAAGCUCAAUGGUGGGCUGCUCUAUCGAUACCAGCAGCGCUGCCGAGUCAGAAGCCAAAACCCCCUUUGGGCUUAUAAAGGGCCAUGCUUACUCCGUGACUGGCAUCGAUGAGGUGAGCUAUCGGGGCCGGAGAGUGCAGCUCAUAAGAAUAAGGAAUCCCUGGGGCCAGGUGGAGUGGAACGGCCCUUGGAGUGACAGUUCUCCGGAGUGGCGCGCAGUCAGCCCAUCUGAGCAGAAACGCUUAUCGCAGACAGCGCUGGAUGAUGGAGAGUUCUGGAUGAAAUUUGAAGACUUCAAAGUGCAUUUUGAUAAAGUUGAGAUCUGCAACCUCACUCCAGAUGCCCUGGAAGACAGCACUCCUCACAAGUGGGAGGUGACCAUCCACCAGGGGAGCUGGGUCCGGGGAUCCACUGCUGGAGGAUGCAGAAAUUUUCUAGAGACUUUCUGGACAAAUCCACAAAUCAAACUGCAUUUGACAGAGAAAGACGACGGGCAAGAUGACUGCACAUUCAUAGCAGCUCUGAUGCAAAAGGAUCGCCGUAAACUCAAAAAGCUUGGCGCUGAAAUGCUAACUAUCGGCUACUCUAUUUAUGAGAGCCCCGGUGGAGACGGACACCUGAACAAAGACUUCUUCAGGUACCACCCCUCCAAGGCAAGGAGCAAAACCUACAUUAACUUGAGGGAAGUAUCUGACCGUUUCAAGCUGCCGCCUGGCGAUUAUGUUCUUAUUCCUACCACCUUCGAGCCGCACCAGGAAGCCGACUUCUGCCUGAGGAUUUUCUCAGAGAAGGCGGCCAUCACCGAGGAUCUAGAUGAAAAUGUUGCCAUUGAUCUCCCUGAGCCUCCAAAUCCAACCCCAAACCAAGAAACAGAAGAGGAGAAGCAGUUCCGGGCGUUAUUUGAACAGAUUUCAGGAAAGGACAUGGAGAUAACUGCAGAAGAACUCGAAUAUAUUCUGAAUGCCAUAUUAAAAAAAACAAAGAACAUCAAAUUCAAGAAUUUAAGUCUGAUUUCAUGCAGAAACAUCAUUUCUCUUAUGGAUUCCAAUGGCAAUGGGAAACUGGAGUUUAAUGAGUUCAAAGUUUUCUGGGAAAAAAUGAAGAAAUGGAUUAAUAUCUUUCUUCAAUUUGACUUUGAUAAAUCUGGCUCCAUGUCCUCCUAUGAGCUUCGCAGUGCUCUAAAAGCUGCAGGAUACCAGCUCAACAACUACCUGCUGCAGCUGAUUGUUCUCCGAUACUCUGAUGAACAGUUCCAGAUUGAAUUUGAUGAUUUUCUGAACUGCUUAAUUCGCUUAGAGAAUGCAAGUCGGGUAUUCCAGGCACUGAGUGUGAAAAACAAGGAGUUCAUUAACCUGAAUAUAAGCGAGUUCAUCAACCUGGCAAUGAAUAUCUGAAGAAGUUUGACUGGGAUGCCAAGAGUUUCUUGUAACACUUCUGCCCAAACAGCUGUGGUCCCCUUGUCAUGCAGAAUUUACCAGGAGCUUUUGUGUGGAGGAACAUGCAUGCUGCCCACCCUUUCUGGUCUCCAGCCCUGUUGUGUUCAUGAGUUCAAAAAUCAGAUCAUAUUUGGGGUUUUUUGUUUGGUUGGUUUGUUUGUUUUUUGAUUUUUGUUUGUUUGCUUGGUUGGUUGGGUGGGUGUUUUUUUGUUUUUUGGGUUUUUUUGAUAAAGCCUGAUAUUGAAUUUGUAACUGUGAGAUGUAUUUGGUUGGGGCAGACAUGCAUCUCAAGCAGAAUCACAGAAUCACAGAAUCGUUUAGGUUGGAAGGGACCUCUGGAGAUCAUCUAGUCCAACCUCCCU